AUGCCCUCUUCUAUACCAUACGAUCCCUCGCUCGUGCUGGCCAACAUCGUCGGCAACGAUGCCCUCAAGCUGGUGCAGCAGAUCUCAGCCCUCCAGGCGCCGGUCGAUGCGUGCCAGGAACAGCUCAACAGUCUGCUGGCUACGAAGCGCAGCAUGCAAAUGACGUGCUCCGAGCUCACCAACAUCGGCGUGGAGACGUCCAAAAUCAAAAAGUCUAUCAAGGCGUUGGACCACAAAAUCGAGGCGGCGGCGGCAGACUACGUCGAGGAGAAAAUGGAGGCUGAAGAGAAAAUCCAGCCUCUCCGCGCCACCAUACGCAGCGUGCACGUCGAGAUGGAGACGCCGGUCGACUACGUCAAGACGCAGAUCAAAAGUAUGCCGCUGGCCUCCGACUCCAUCAGCAUGGACGUGCAGUACUUCGCCAACGACAGCAAUAGCCAGCAGGCGUCAUCGCUGGCCAGCAGCGUAUCGUCGUACAUUUCGGGCGCCGCUUCGGUGCUGGGUAACGAUAAGGCGGCACAGAUGAGCCGCGCCGCGGCGAGCCAGGUCAGCGACCAGGUCAGCAAGCACAGCAUCGCGGGAACGCUCGUUAUCUCCGUGUCGUGCACCCACAAGAACGCGGCCGUGCUCGCACCCCUGGUGCUGAAUGUCGAUAAGGGCAUCAAGGUCUGGAACCACCUGUUCAAGGACGAUCCCAUCAUCCCCACCAGCACGUCCAACAUGCUCCAGACGGCCCAGGAGGGAGCUUCGGGGAAAGCAGACGCCAACAAGUUCAGCAUCAUCUCGGGCAUGACGUUCGGGUCCAGCUUCGUGGGCAUGGUGCACAUCCUUAACACCAGCAGCACGGCCGUUGGCGAGCGGGCGGACACCAAGCUCUCCACGCUCCAGGCCCAGUUUAAGGAGAAGCUGGACGACGCCGGGUGGAUGGCGCACUGGUCCGGCGGUUUCGGCGUCAACGAGUCCAUGGCCAGCAGCGUCAAAAGCCUGCUCAGCUCCCAAAACAUCGAUUCGCACGCUACCAUGAUUUGCAUGGGCAUUAUACCAUCCAUCGUGGCCAGCGAGGUGCAGCUCAGCGUUGACAAGUUUGCCACCUUCGACCCCAAAUCCAGCCUCGAGGCGCUUUCAGCCAUCCAGAACGCCUCCGUCGCCGAUCAGGACACGGUGAAGCAGGCGGCCGACGCGGCGCGCACCGGCGCCCAGCUGCUCUCCAUGAAGAACAGUGAGAUGAAGGCGGCGUUGUCGGCGCUGGCCGAGAUCGACGACGGCAAAAAUAAGGUUAUCGAUGUUAAUUCCAUGAUGACAGCACUCGAGGACUACCUGAAAAAGGCAGCCGAAGGAACUUCAGGUGUGCCCAUUAAUUAUUACCUCAAGGAAAUCGACAAAAGCAUGUUGGCCGAGAUGUGGGUAGCUAAAUACUACCCUGGCAAAUACUUGAGUAUUUCGUACGACGAUGCGAGUCCCAGCGGCUCGGGGGGAGGCGCAUCAGCUUCGGGCUCAAGUGAGCCGCCCAGCUCAAAUCAAGAGGCGAACUCCAACGAGGAGUCAUUUUAA